UGCAGAGCUUGGUACCCCAGGAGGAGGCGCACACCGCGACAACGGCAGCAGCGAACCCCCAUGUAAUGCUUACAAAGAUAAAGAUGGAGGAUCAAGAUGAUCCGGAGGCCUUUCUGGAGCUAUUCGAGCACACGGCCCAAGGUCUGGAAUGGCUGCAAGCGCAAUGGGCAGUCCACAUCUUACCGCUGCUGACCGGGGAGGCCCAACUCGUGGCCCAACAACUCCCGGUCAACAACCUCCUGAGGUACUCCGAGCUGAAGAAAGCCAUCCUGCAGUGGGUCGGCCUCAGUCCAGAAGAGCACCGCCAGCGGUUCCGAUCCCUGAUGCUGAGCGAAGUCGGCCACCCGUUUGCUUUUGCUCAACAGCUCCGUGAUGCCUGCUGGCAGUGGGUGCUGGCUGAGGAGCCCAGAGACGUCGGGGAUGUCAUCGAUCUCAUGGUACUGGAACAAUUAAUCUCCUGACUACCGAAAGGUUAGGACACGUUAGUACACGUCCGCGAACAGUGCCCAGUGAUGGAGGUGGAGAUGUUGAUCCGAGUCUCUGACACUCCACAGGCCGCCCCCAAUCAAGCCUGCAUGUACCAAAUACCCAUGAGUAUUAGGGGGUUUCAUACCAAGCCUUGGUGGAUUCAGGUUGUAACCAAACCUCCAUUCAUUUGGGACAGGGGAAAACACUAAGCCGUCUCAUUGCCCAUUUCUAUUGGCCAGGCAUUCGCUGGGGAUGUUAGCCGUUGGUGUGCGACAUGCCGCGAAUGUCAGCUGGUGAAUCCGCCGGCCACUCCAAAAGCACCAUUGUGCCCUCUUCCGUUGAUCGAGGUUCCCUUUGACAGAGUUUUCAUGGACCUCGUCGGGCCAUUUGAAUGGUCAGCAUGCGGGCACCGCUUUGUACUAGUUCUGGUGGACUACGCAACGCAAUACCCGGAAGCAGUGCCGUUGCGCAACAUCUCAGCAUGUAGUUUUGCGGAGGCACUCUUCAGAAUAAUCUCCCAAAUGGGGAUUCUGAAAGAAAUCCUCACUGAUCAGUGCACACAUUCAAGUCACGUACACUAUGAAAGCUGAAUGAGUUGUUGGGUAUUAAAUCGAUUCAGACAAGCGUGUACCAUCCACAAAUGGUCAAUGGACAGCUUGGUCGAACGAUUUAAUAAGACCUUUAAAAAUAUAAUUUGUAAGUUCAUGCACGAAGAUGCUCAGAAUUGGGAUAAGUGGCUUGAACCCCUGUUGUUUGCAGUGUGAGAGGUUCUGCAAGCCUCCAUGGGGUUUUGCCCAUUUUAAUAGUUAUAUGGGCAUAAGCCCCGUGGCAUGUUAGAAGUCAUGAAGGAAAAUUGGGAGGAGGGACCUUCACAAAGUAAAAAUGAAAUUCAAUACGUUCUUGACCUGAGAGCAAAACUCCACACACUGGGGCGUCUAUCACAGGAGAGUUUGCUACAGGAGCAAGAACGUCAGUCCCGGCUGUAUAACAGUGGAGCUCGGCUACAGGAGUUUGUACCGGAAGAUAAAGUACUUGUAUUGCUGCCCACAUCGAGCCCGAAAUUACUCGCAAAGUGGCAAGGGCCCUUUGAGGUCACACGGCGAGUUGGGGAAGUCGACUAUGAGGUAGUGCGUACGGAUAGGGGCGGGGCUCUUCAAAUUUGUCACCUCAACCUACUAAAACCAUGGAGAGAGGUGGUCCCUGUAUCCUUGGCGAUGAUAGUUCCAGAGAGGGAGGUGAGUCUAUAAACCCAUAAGUUCACCCCGGUCCCUUGUGGAGACCACCUCUCACCGUCACAACGUACGGAGGUUGCCAGAUUGCAAAACAAAUUUCUCUAAUGUGUUUUUGCCUCUUCCCAGCCACACUAAUCUCAUAGAACACCACAUCGAGACAACCCCCGGGGCAGUGAUACGUAGUCGGCCCUACCGGUUACCCAAACAUAAAAAACAGGUAGUACGGGAAGAAUUAAAGGUCAUGCUUGAUAUGGAGGUAAUAGAAGAAUCCCACAAUGACUGGGCCAGCCCGGUGGUUCUGGUGCCUAAGAGCAAUGGCUCAGUACAGUUCUGUUUGGAUUAUAGGAAAGUUAACAUGGUGUCGAAAUUUGAUGCGUGUCCAAUGCCUCAUCCUGACGAAUUGCUCGAUUGGUUGGGCACGGCUCACUUUUAUUAGACACUGGAUUUAACAAAGGGUUAUUGGCAGAUCCCCUUUAUGCCAGUGUCCUGUGAGAAAACUUCUCCACACCAUUGGGGUUACACCAAUUUGUGACCCUUCCAUUUGGUUUGUUUGGGGCCCUGGCUAUGUUUCAGCGUCUUAUAGACAGAGUUCUCAGACCGCAUGCUGCGUAUGCCGCUGCUUAUUUGGAUGAUAUCAUUAUUUACAGUAAUGAUUGGCAGCAGCAUAUGCAGCAUCUGGGGGCCAUUCUGAGGUUGAUGUGACGAGCGGGGCUCACAGCAAACCUGAAGAAGUGCGCAAUUGGACAGGUGGAGAUACGGUAUCUGGGGUUCCACUUGGGGCAUGGGCAGGUGCGACCCCAAAUUGAUAAAACUGCAGUGAUUGCGAACUGCCCGAGACCUAAGACCAAAAAAUAGGUGAGACAGUUCUUGGGGCUGUCUGGCUAUUAUCGAAGGUUUGUGCCUAAUCAUUCAGAUGUCACCAGCCUGCUGACUGAUCUCACAAAAAAGGGAGCUACAGACCUGGUCCAGUGAACGGAGCCAUGCCAACAGGCUUUCACACAGGUAAAAGCUGCACUUUGUGGUGGGCCGCUUCUGCACUCUCCUGAUUUCUCUCUCCCAUUUUUUUUUACAGACUUACGCAUCAGACAGGUGUCUGGGUGUUGUACUUUCCCAGGUGGUAGAGGGGGAGGAUCGCCCGGUGCUGUACAUUAGUCGGAAGCUCUCUAUGAGAGAGGCGAAGUACAGCACCAUAGAGAAGGAGUGUUUGGCCAUCAAUUACCCCCAAUGUGAUGUCUGCUGCUAGCAGCAAAAGCUCAACUGUGUCUCCUACUAGCAACAACAAUGCAACUGCUUCUCCUACUAGCAACAACAGCACAACUUCGUCUCCUACUAGCAGCAACAGCACAACUGCAUCUCCUACCAGCAGCAAACCAACUGUGUCUCCUAGUAGCAACAACAGCAUAACUGUGUCUCCUCCUAGUAGUGCAACUACAUCUUUUACUAGCAGCAACAGCGCAACUAGGACUCCUACUAGCAGCAACAGUGCAACUGCGUCUUCUACUAGCAGCAAUAGCACCACUGUGUCUCCUACUAGCAGCUACAGUAGCAGUAGCACAACUACAUCUUCUACUAGCAGCAACAGCGUAACUGUGUCUCCUACUAGCAGAAACAGCACAACUGUGUCUCCUCCUAGCAGUAGUAGGUCAACUACAUUUUCUACUAGCAGCAACAGCGCAACUGCAUCUCCUACUAUCAGAAAGAGCACAACUGUGACUCCACCUAACAGUAGUAGCACAACUGCAUAUUCUACUAGCAGCAACAGCGCAACUACAUCUUCUACUAGCAGAAAAAGCACAAAUGUGUCUCCACCUAGCAGUAACAGCGCAACUGCAUAUUCUACUAGCAGCAACAGUGCAACUUCAUCUUCUACUAGCAGAAACAGCACAACUGUGUCUCCUCCUAGCAGUAGUAGCACAACUGCAUAUUCUACUAGCAGCAACAGCGCAACUACAUCUUCUACUAGAAGAAACAGCACAACUGUGUCUCCUCCUAGCAGUAGUAGCACAACUGCAUCUUCUACUAGCAGAAACAGCACAACUGCAUCUCCUACUAGCAGCAACAGCGCAACUGCGUCUACUACUAGCAGUGGUAGCACAUCUGCAUCUUCUACUAGCAGCUACACCACAACGACAUCUUCUACUAGCAGUAGUAGCACAACUACUUCUACUACUAGCAUCAACAGCGCAACUGCAUCUCCUACUAACAGCAACAAUGCAACUGCACCUGCUGCACAGUUUUAUAUAAGUUUAAGCAUUAAUGAAACAUUCAAGGAUGUCUACCUUAAUAUGAAUGAUCCCGAAACCAUUAAGCUGAAAGAUAACAUUACUUCUCAGGUUUCCCAGGUUUACAAGAAACAUUUUGCAAACUUCAUUCGCAUGGUUAUUAGGCAAUUCAGGAGCGGCUCCAUUGUGACAGAUGGUGCCCUUGAAUUUGAAGACAGUGGCACUAUUUCUAAUGUGUCAGAAGUGAGAAAUACCUUCAUUCAGGCAGCUACAAAUGGAAUUUUCAGCUUCCCAGUUGAUAUGAAAUCUAUCAAUGUUUUAGAACCCACAGAAACUGCAGUAACCCAGAGUGUGACUUCAGCUGCAUCUCUGAAUAGCACCAGCACCAGCACCAGCACUAGCACCAGCACCAGCACCAGCACCAGCACUAGCACCAGCACCAGCACCAGCACUAGCACUAGCACCAGCACCAGCACUAGCACCAGCACCAGCACCACAACUGCAGCUGCACCUGUUACACAGUUUAAUGUAACUUUCAGUAUUCUUCAAACAUUCGAGAAUGUCUACUCAGAUAUGAACUAUAAUGAAACCAAACAGCUGGCAAAAAACAUCACAUCUCAGAUUUUCAGUAUUUACCGGAGGCGUUUUGUGAACUUCAUUCAAAUGUUUAUUCGGCAGUUCAGGAGUGGCUCUAUUGUGACAGAUGGUACCCUUGAAUUUGACACAAAAAAUGGCACUAUCCCUUCAGUGAAAGAUGUGGCAAUAACGCUUCGUGACGCAGUUACAAAUGGGAAUUUCAGCUUCCCAGUUGAUCCAAAUUCCAUCAACAUUAUAGACUCCUCAGGGAACACUUCUUCCAGGUCUCCAGUCUUGGCUAGUAUGCUCACAACUUUGUGGAUGUCCCUCGCAUCACUUCUGUUGUCAGCUGUGAUGCACCUCUGACAAACAAGCCAUGCCGAAUGAUUUACUGUAGUUGUAACAUUUGCCAUUCUUUCUUGCCACAUGCAACCCCAAGUAAUAUCUGUCUGAUUUAUUGUAUUUUGGUAUCUGCUUCCGUGCCAUAGUAAUGGUAAAAAAUAUAUUAUAUACAAACAGGUAUUAUGUUACAAUUUAGAACUUGCUUUUUUUUGCCAGGUUGAAAAUUAAUUGAUAUAUGUACAUGCUAUUCCAAAGAAAGAAAAGUUUAUCUUCAUAUUCUUUGAUCAAAAUGUGAUAGCUUGUUUUGCCUACAUUGAUUGUGAAGGAAGUAGGAAUAAGGUCACAGCUGUGUUCAAGGCAUUUCACUCCUGAAUGCUUCCAAAAAUUGAGGUAACACAAAAUUGGGUUCACUGGGAUUUUCCAUACUAAAAUGGAUUAGUGAAAAAUACAUAGGUACAGUAAAUAUUGCUGUUUAUUACUUUGUGUUGUCUUAUAUUUGAAUAAAAAUGUUUAAAUAUCAUGUUAUAUCUCAUCCACUUUCCAACAAAGAAAUGCUGCCUGU